CGACCAUUUUGAAAUACGGCACCGCAUAGGUGUUCCCUGAUCCAGGCAGGAUGGAUAAGAGCCACACGGUGAAGCUCUUCGUGGGGAACCUGGCGCAGGACACCUCUCAGGAGGAGCUGUCGGCCGUGUUCGAGCCGUACGGGCAGGUGGUGAGCUGCAGCGUGCUGAGGCAGUUCGCCUUCGUGCACCUGCAGGGUGAGGGCGCCGCCCAGCGCGCCAUCAAGGAGCUGAACGGCCGCGAGUUCCGCGGCCGCAACCUGGUGGUGGAGGAGUCGCGCGGGCGGCCGCUGCACUCCACCAAGGUGUUCGUGGGAAACCUGAGCGCCAUGUGCACCGCCGAGGACCUGCAGGAGCUGUUCCAGACCUUCGGCAAGGUGCUGGAGUGCGACAAGGUCAAAGCCAGGCUCUCCUCCGCUGCAGGAUACGCCUUCGUGCACAUGGAGAACAAGGAGGACGCCCUGCAGGCCAUCGAGGCUCUCCACGGCACCUCCUUCAAGGGCCGGCCGCUGUCCGUGGAGCUGUCCAAGGUGCAGCCCAGCAAGCAGUCCUCCUCCAGCAAGACAUCCUGCACCAGCUGCGGGAAGCAGGGGCACCAUGCCGGGGAGUGCCCGCGGGGCAAGCCCACGCUGGAGCAGUACCAGAGCCAGGCUGCCGUGCUGGCCGCUGCCGCCGCGGCCGCCGCGGGACUCCCGCUGCAGGUGCAGCAGAGCGUCCACAACUCUGUCUACAACACGUCCACCUUCGACCCCACCUACGCCGCGCUGACCGGCCUGACCUCAGCCAACGGCGCCGACGGCUCUCCCGUCAGCCCGGCCGUGUACGGCGCGCUGGCCAGCCAGGUGUACGGCUCGGUGGCCAACCAGCUGUACGGCAGCGUGGCCGACCAGGCGCUCACCUCCGGAGCCACGCAGGUCUACAGCUCGCUCACCGCGCCCGUCUACAACACGCAGGUGUACGCUCCCGCCGUGGCCAGCCCCGUGUACCUGAGCUCCCCCGUGGGGCAGGCGUCCGCCAGCCCCGCCUACGGCUCGCUGGGCGGGACCGACCCCACGGCGCAGGCCAUCUUUGAGGCGGCACGGGCGCAGUAUUUCGCGCAGGGCCAGCGUGUCCUGGCCGAGCAGAAGGCCGUCACCAAGUCCGGGGACAGGGACCGGAGCCCGCUGCGCCGCUCCGCCCCCCUGCUGCCAGACCCCGUUCCUCAGCCCCUCCUCCUGCAGCGGCCCAAACGCAGAGCCCUGCUCCCGACCCCGCCCGCCCGCGCCGACGAAUCCGCUGCCGCCGCCGCCGCGCCCGAGGAGGACCCCGUCGCCAGGUACUAUGCGGAUUAUUACCAGCAGUACCAGCAGUACCAACAGUACCAGCAGUACCAGCAAUACCAAUACGCCUAUCCCACCGCCCCCCCGAUGCCGGCGGUGCCCGCCCAAUCAGCCGAGGCUCCGCCCGGCUACGAGCCACCCCUGCCGCCAUAGUACCCGGAGCUCUGCCCCCCUCCCUCCUUUGCUGCCCUGACCCCGCCCGCCUCUGCCACACUUCAGAGCACCCCUCCGUCA